AUGGCAGAAUUCAAAAACAACACCAAUACGUCGUCGUCUAGGUAUUCAAUGUUCAACCGUUCUUUAACAACGCGUAAGCACGAAGAAAAACAACCGCUGCAAAAACCCCAAAACCUCGACCGCGCCGCCUCGCUUCGCGGCCGCGUCGUGAAAAAGCUCUGCAGUUUGUUCGAACCGGCGACACCGUCUUCACAAGAAGAAUCGUCACCUUUCUCCAGCAAAUGGAAACCGGUAAAAUCAACCGAAUCGACGUCGGUUAAAGCGUCGAAAUCGUUGGAUGCUUCUUCGCCGAUUAUUUGGUUACCGGGAACAGAAGAUCGGAUUGUUUUGUAUUUCACGAGCUUGCGUGGAAUUAGAAGAACGUAUGAGGAUUGUUAUGCUGUUAGGAUGAUUUUGAGAGGAUUUAGGGUUUGGGUUGAUGAAAGAGAUGUUUCGAUGGAUUGUUGUUAUAGGAAGGAAUUGAUGAAUGUGUUGGGGGAGAAGAGUAUGAAGAACGUGACGCUUCCGCAGGUUUUUAUUCGAGGGAAUCAUGUUGGUGGUGCUGAAGUGAUGAAGCAGCUUUGUGAGGUUGGUGAAUUGGGGAAGAUCUUGGAGGGUUUUCCCAAGACGAAAGCUGGGUUUGUUUGUGAGAGUUGUGGGGAUAUUAGGUUUAUGCCGUGUGGGAAUUGUAGUGGAAGUAGGAAGGUUUAUGAUGAGGAUGAAGAGUUGUUGAAGAGAUGUUUGGAGUGCAACGAAAAUGGAUUGGUUCGGUGUCCUAAUUGUUGCAGUUCUUGA